AUGGCUGAGGAUUGUCCUGUUAAGUCGGAUGAACCCACUGAUGAUGAGAUUAAAGCCUACGAUGAGUGGGUCAAGGCUGACGAGAUGGCAAGAUGCUACAUUCUUGCCUCUAUGGCAAAUGUGUUGCAGCAUCAACAUCAGUCCAUGAGUACUGCUUAUGAUAUGCUUGAAUCUCUCAAAGAGAUGUUUGGUGAGCAAAAUCGUGCUACAAAUCAGACGGCCAUGAAAGCUCUUUUGACCACGAAAAUGGUUGAAGGAACUUCAGUAAGGGAAUAUGUUCUCAAAAUGAUGAGUCUAUUGAACGAGUUGGAAAUUCUUGGUGUGGUUAUUGAUAAGGAAUCUCAGGUUGAGAUGGUCCUACAGACUCUGCCAGACAGUUUUCAGCAGUUUUGCUUGAAUUAUAACAUGAAUAAGAUGGACUCAUCUCUUGCGAAACUGUUGAAUGAGCUGCAAGCGGCAAAAUCUAUCAUUAAGCAACAAGCUCCUCCUGCGGCGUUGAUGGUUGACAAACUUUCGUCUUCGACUUCUAAGCCGGAAGGCGAAAAGAAAAAGAAGAAAAAGCCUUGUAAGGUUUCAGGUGCUAAUGGUGGUGUGGCUAAGCCUAAGGAAAAAUGCUAUCAUUCAAGCAACCUGGUCAUUAUAAGAAACAGUGUCCCGGCUACAUAG